GCCCAACUCUGACGUCAUCAUGUUUGUUCCUACAUCACUGCCCCUCCCCCAUGUUCGUGUUUAGUCAUCAGCAAAGGUGGCAACCCUAUCUCUGCUUCAUGGCACAAGUAUAACUUCUAGUGAGCAGAGAAAACAAUGGAUUACUCGGAUAUGGGGCCAAUACUGGGAGCUGAGGCUCUGGCUGCACCAAAAACCCAGUAUUUUUGGCCGUGAGUUAAGAGCUGCGAGCAAAGAAACGCAUUUGUGAACGGACAGUCACAACCUACAAUACCCAGUACAGACUUCCGCGUAUUAUUAGAAGCCUGUGAUUGCACAACGCUCCUCUAAUCCGUCCUUGUUCGUCACUCCCCCAAGGCGGCUACGUACUGCGUCACUGCACUUAUAUACGUGUGGUCGUGACGCUUCCUUCCCGGUGAGAUGACAGUGAGACUUGCGGUGUUCUCGUAGUGAUCAGCUGUCAGGCAGUCGGAUCUAAAGAACUGAACAUUAGUGCCGUCGCGGGGCGACCUGGAAGUGCGCUUUUUGUUAAGGAGCGCGGCAGUGUUGGGCGGCAUGCCCUUUGGGACUCAGUCUAUCACGGCAAGAAGAGAUACGGGGGGCAGUGCGAUGAAGACUUUGCCUUAUUUCUGCCGGGGCGAGGUGGUCAAGGGUUUCGGCAGAGGCUCCAAGGAGCUGGGCAUCCCCACAGCUAACUUUGCUGAAAAAAUUGUGGACAGGCUUCCUGCUGACAUAUCUACUGGUAUUUAUUAUGGUUGGGGCCAAGUGGGAAAUGGUGAAGUUUACAAAAUGGUCAUGAGUAUUGGCUGGAAUCCUUUCUACAAAAACACCAAGAAAUCUAUGGAAACACAUAUAAUUCAUGAUUUUCAUGAGGACUUCUACGGAGAAAUUCUCAGUAUAGUCAUUGCCGGCUACAUUAGACCAGAAAAAAGUUUUACUUCCCUUGAUGCUUUAAUUUCUGCAAUCCACAGUGACAUCGAGGAGGCCAAAAAAAGACUAGAACUACCAGAAUUCCAAGCGCUUAGAGACCGUUUCUUUUGCAGCCCAUCACAUACAAUAAUGAACGGUCAUUGACUGCACUUCUCUUCAGUGAUACACUACAUUUCCUUGCGCUCUCCCUUUUGGUACAAAUGUGCGCCAGUCAAAUGUUUAAGCCUUGCAUACAUUAAUGGUUAUUUAUUUUCAAAAUUUUAUAAUAAGAGUUCCCUAAACUCAUCUAUUUAAAUGAAAGGAUAUAUCUUGGCAGGUCUAGUCACAUCCAUAUUAGUGAGGAAGAUUAGAAAGCACUUUAGUUUCCCUAUUCCUGUUUUGUACAUUACAAUUAAUGUACAUUAAAACAAGGCCUCUUUGCUUCUGUGUACCGAGGUGGGAUAUGAACAGGAGAUGAGAAUUUUGUUUGUGAUUGUAAGGCAGCCAUUUUUGCCACUGCUGCAACCACUUGUAUUAGCUUUUAUCCCAUUUAACUUAUUGUUUAAAAUAGAAAAAUGCCCAUACUGCUGAUCUAGACAAAAUGACAUUAAGAUAAAUGCCUGUUCAGUUUCAUCCAGCCUUUCAAUAAAAUAGACUGUUAUUUUCUACUCAUAUAUUUGUAUUCCAAUAUUGGAUAAAAAUGUACAAUGCAUAUUGUAUCUCCUAAUUACAGCACAUUUUGAAAUACACACAACUUGAAAAUAUGCUUUAAUAAGUCAUAUGUAAUUACAUUAAGCCCAAAAUCUUCAUGUAGUGUUCUCACCAUGUUGCCUUGAUGGUUUUCACUGUCUUAAGUGAUUUUUUUUUUGUGGUGGACAGAUAAAGUACCAAAUAUUUUUAGAAUCUUAAAAGCGACCCAGUAAACUGUAAAUGAGCAAAACAACAAAUAUAUUAACAGAUUACUUGUCCAGUUUAAGAUGGCAGGACCACUAGAAUUGAAACCUUUACUUCAGGAAACUCAGACUGUGAACAAUGAGUAACCCAAUAUGUCUCUUGUAUUUAAAGCAUUAACCUAAAUAAAACAGUGUGGGGAAUUGCA